UCGAUCACACCCAGAGGGGUGGAUGUCACCAGAGUAUCUCCCAGGCCGCUCGGAAGCAGAGCCACCUUGGAAUCCUCUCGGAUGAGAUUAGUGUCACUGGAGGAGCUCAGUAACGCGCCUUCAAAGGACCGCUGUUUUACUGUUAAACAAUACCGCAGCAGCUGAUCUCGCUGGGGAGGCCAGGAGCUAUAUUACAGUGCAGCAGCAUUAGUGGUCACUCAUGACUUCCCUUGAUGGAUGAUGGCCUGUUGAGUCCUCUUGCAGCUCCUCUUCUUAUCUCUAGACCUCUCUGUGCAGCCCCUGCACUGUCUAUCCUUGGUGCUGCCAUGAACAGGUUAUAACCAUAGGUAAUGAAGAGGUUGAGGUCCAGCCACGGAGAUGCCGAAGAGAAGAGAUAUCCUGGCCAUCGUGUUGAUAGUGUUACCCUGGACUUUACUGAUCACAGUCUGGCACCAAAACGCCAUUGCCCCGCUGCUAGCAAUCCGAAAGGCAUCCCAUCACCUAAUAAAAGAAUUGUUUAUCAUGCCAGAGAGGCUUGGGGUACGAUGGCACCAGCUAGCAGAUGACGGAAGCGAUGCCCGUCGGGACGCGGGACAGGGCCCUGACUCGAAGGAGUAUUGCUCCUCGGACAAGGACAUAGUGGAGGUGGUGAGGACUGAGUAUGUGUACACCAGGCCCCCGCCCUGGUCAGACGCGCUGCCCACCAUCCAUGUCAUCACGCCCACGUACAGCCGCCCGGUGCAGAAGGCGGAGCUGACGCGGCUGGCCAACACGUUCCUCCACGUGACCAACCUGCACUGGAUCCUGGUGGAGGAUUCCCAGAGGAGGACAGCGCUCGUGACCCGGCUGCUUCACGAGACAGGCCUCAACUACACGCACUUGAACGUGGAGACGCCCCGGAACUACAAGCUGAGGGGCGACAUGAGGGACCCCCGCAUUCCCCGCGGCACCAUGCAGAGGAACCUGGCCUUGCGCUGGCUUCGAGAGACUUGCAACGUCAACCAGUCCCAGCCCGCGAUCGUCUACUUUGCAGACGAUGACAAUACGUACAGCCUGGAGGUGUUUGAGGAGAUGCGGUCGACCCGGAAGGUGUCAGUGUGGCCCGUGGCAUUCGUGGGGGGCCUGCGCUACGAGUCCCCCAAGGUGAACGCUGCUGGGAAGGUCUACGGCUGGAAGACGGUCUUCGACCCCCACCGCCCGUUCGCCAUCGACAUGGCGGGCUUCGCAGUCAACCUCAGACUCAUCCUGUUCAAGCCACAGGCCUACUUCAAGCUGCGCGGCGUCAAGGGGGGCUACCAGGAGAGCAGCCUUCUGAGAGAGCUGGUGACACUCAACGACCUCGAGCCCAAAGCGGCCAAUUGCACUAAGAUACUUGUCUGGCACACCAGAACAGAGAAACCUGUUUUAGUAAACGAAGGAAAAAAAGGAUUCACAGACCCAAAUCUUGAAAUCUGAAGCUGCUGAUGUCACAGACAAUUGCCUUCCAGAAGAUGUGAAGAUUCUGAACUGACUGACCCCACUCAAUUCGCUGGAAUCUUUGCCGCUGUAUUAAUCUACUGGAAUAAAAAAAAUACAACACACUUUAAAAACAAGACAAAAAAAAAAUCUAACAUAAAAAAGCACAGAUCGUACGGGACGGCAAUACGUAUUGCUUCUGGUAUUGGACAAUUACAACGCAAUGACGAACCUCAAGAUGAAAUCGAGUACAGUAAGUGAGGGCGAGAGAAAGAGAGCGUGAGAGAGAGGGCUGUGCUUUUUGCAUCUGCAUGGCAUGAGACAGGGAGCAGAGGCGACCACGCAGCCUAACGCAAGGAGACGAUGCGGAAACUGCGAAGCUUUGGGUGGCCGGCGUCCCAACCAGGAGACGAGGCUGCAGAGAAACAGCUGCAAACCACCUGGGAGCGAAAAGAUGAUCCUGCCAUCCGAAAGAGGAUAGGAGCAUUUAAAAGGGCUCAAAAGUAACGCCCAGACAGAAACAAAGCAACGAAGCAGACACCCCACCCCAAACAGAGGAAAACAAACUGAACGGGAAGGGUAUCCAAAAGCCUCUCGUUUCUACAAAUGGAUAUAAAAGGGAAGGAUGAUCUGAGUUUUACAUACCUCUUUUUGCAUUAUGCCUGCUUUUGAUUUGUUUAAUGUUUACAUGCAUAUUACUAUGACUACUAGUACUACUACUGACUGUGCCCCCUGCCUUCACUGAAAUGUCCGGCCCUGGAGAUUCACAAUCACUUAAGGAAAUGUCAUGAAGUGUGUAACGCUGGUUAGCCCAAUCACAGGCAUUUUGUAAUCCUGAAAUCUAGUGAAAGCACUUAUAGGCUACUUAUACAUCAUAGCAGUGUUAUUAAACCUGCCAGCAUUUACCUCCAACAGGUUAGUUUGUAAAUAAUUAGCAAGCGGGAAACAAUAUCCUAUUUAGUGGCAUUCGAGCUGUUAUUUCAAUCUAUUUAAAAUAAUUGUAUAUAGACAAAGAGUACUAUUUCUUGAAUUCGGAGGAGCAAUUUCUUUUUUUUCAGGAUGCAAAAUGUUUCGCUUAUCACUUUGACCAAUACAAUUUCUGCAUUCUGGGUUUAACUAUAGAGGCGUUUUAUUUUUAUAUAACUGGCUGAUAUUAAAUCCAUUCAUCCCAGAUCACAGAGUGCGAAUUCCCAAUAUACAAUGGAAAUGAAAAGCCCCACUAAUACCCCAGCCACACUGCAGCAGCUCAGUAAUGCUCAGCUAACACAUGCUGAAACCUUGUGCCUGCCAUUCCACUCCAGCUCCAACAGGUCAAAUGAGAUCAGGAACUGCUUCAGGGUCUGGAUGCAGGCUAUACUGGUUCAAAUAAACAAUUUAGAACAGGGCUGGAACAAA